AUGGCAGCGAAAAAAAAGGAAGCAGUCAUACCUGCAUUAGCAGAUAGCGUUGGAACGCCAGUCAAUCCAAUGAGAGCCUCAGAAAUAUUUGGUGCAUUGGAUACAGAACCUGAUCCAUAUUCAAAGUUUACCCAACUCAAUCUUCCUCCUGGAUCUACAGGCCCUGAGUCGGUUGCCUUAGAUCGAUUUUAUCAAGGACCUUAUGUUGGUGUACUUGAUGGCACUAUUCUCAAGUACAAAGGUCCAAAUAUCGGUUGUGUUUUUUGCUUAUACUUCACGAAACAGGUAGUUUUUUCCCCUUUGUUUAGGACCAGGGAACUAUGUGAAGGUACGACAGACCCAAAUUUGGGGCCUAUUUGCGGAAGGCCAUUUGGAUUUAGCUUCAACCUUGUAACCGGAUUUCUCUGCGUUGUUGAUGUAUUUCUUGGCCUUUUUAAAGUUGGAACUGAAGGUGGAAAUGCUACACUGAUUGCCAACAGUGCUGGGGGUGUGCCAUUUCACUUCCUGAAUGGUGUUGAUGUUGAUCAAUUCACAGGAGAUGUCUAUUUUACUGAUGCUAGCUAG